GCUCCUGUCUCUUUAAUCAGCUAGCCUGAUUUGCCCAGUAAAUGAUUCCUGAGUGUGUGUGUGCGUGUGUGUGCCCGUGCGCGUGUGUUGCAGCUCUGUCAAUCCUUGGAUUAGAACCAAUGAUUGCAGCUUGUAGGAGGGCUGUCCAGGGCCAGAUUGUACAACGUGUCUCAGUGCCAGAGUAUGAGUGGAGAUAAUUACGGGGAAGUCACACUCUCUCACACCCGCAGCUUCCUUGUGUCCUUCAGCAAAACAGUGGAUUUAAACCUCCUUGUACGAGCUUGAGAGCUGCACAAUCUAUCAGGAAAAAAAAAAAAAAAAAAAAGAAAGGGAAAAAACUGAACCUGACAAAAAAGAAGAAAAAGAAGAAGAAAAAAAAUCAUGAAAACCAUUCAGGCAAAAAUGCACAAUUCUAUCUCUUGGGCAAUCUUCACGGGGCUGGCUGCUCUGUGUCUCUUCCAAGGAGUGCCCGUGCGGAGCGGAGAUGCCACUUUCCCCAAAGCGAUGGACAACGUGACGGUCCGGCAGGGGGAGAGCGCCACCCUCAGGUGCACGAUUGACAACCGGGUCACCCGAGUAGCCUGGCUCAACCGCAGCACCAUCCUUUAUGCUGGGAAUGACAAGUGGUGCCUGGAUCCUCGUGUGGUCCUCCUGAGCAACACCCAAACCCAGUACAGCAUCGAGAUCCAAAACGUGGAUGUGUAUGACGAGGGCCCAUACACCUGCUCUGUGCAGACAGACAACCACCCAAAGACCUCCAGGGUCCACCUCAUUGUACAAGUAUCUCCCAAAAUUGUAGAAAUUUCUUCAGAUAUCUCCAUUAACGAAGGGAACAAUAUCAGCCUCACCUGCAUAGCGACAGGUAGACCAGAGCCUACAGUCACCUGGAGACACAUCUCCCCCAAAGCUGUUGGCUUUGUGAGUGAAGAUGAGUACUUGGAAAUCCAGGGCAUCACCCGGGAGCAGUCAGGGGACUAUGAGUGCAGUGCCUCAAACGAUGUGGCUGCACCUGUGGUGAGGAGAGUGAAGGUCACCGUGAAUUAUCCACCAUACAUUUCAGAAGCUAAGGGCACAGGUGUCCCUGUGGGACAGAAGGGGACACUGCAGUGUGAAGCCUCAGCAGUUCCCUCAGCAGAAUUCCACUGGUACAAAGAUGACAAACGACUGAUUGAAGGAAAGAAGGGAGUCAAAGUGGAAAACAGACCUUUCCUCUCAAAACUCAUCUUUUUCAAUGUUUCUGAACAUGACUAUGGAAACUACACUUGUGUGGCCUCCAACAAAUUGGGCCACACCAAUGCCAGCAUCACGCUAUUUGAACUAAAUGAGCCUACAAGCUCAACUUUGUUGCAAGAAGUGAAAACUACAGCCCCGACCCCCUGGAAAGGCCCAGGCGCUGUCAGUGAAGUGAGCAACGAGGCAUCAAGUAGGGCAGGCUGUGUUUGGCUCCUUCCUCUCCUGGUCUUACACCUGCUCCUCAAAUUUUGAUGUGAGUGCUACUUCCCCCUGGGGAGAGCUGCCGCCACCACAUCUACCAACACCACAGCACGGCAACAUGACAGCAACAAGACAGAACCCAGCGAAACGGAGAAUCACAGCCUAAGGGGACAGAAAUUCGAGGGAGGGGGACAAAGAAUACUUUGGGAAAGAAAAAAAAAAGUUUAAAAAAGGAAAUUGAAAAAUUGCCUUGCAGAUAUUUACGUAUCACUGAGUUUUCUUUCUUUUCCCAAAUGGGAAGAAUGCACACCUGGCUUGGCUUGGACCCACCUGCAAGCUCACUCACUGUGUGACCUCUGUCGCCAGGGUGGGCAAGGGCUCAGCCACUCUGCCCCCUGAAGUGCCCCACCAUGGAACAUUCUGGAGUCGGCCAUCCCAAACCCCAUCAGUCCAUAGAGACAAAUGCAGAGUGGGACAGUGGCCCAGAUGUGCCACGGCAGGCCUUGGGUAGAUGGCGCCACCAUUGAGUGUGUCCUGAAAUGUGAAUUUGAAACAGAAAGCGAAAGGAAACCAGACAGCCCGACAGCAUCAAUCCCACAAACAACAGUCACAAAAGAUAUUGUUAAACUUUUUUUUUUUUCAUUUUACUACAUGGACAUCAUGGAUAAUAAGGGAUUUGGAUUCAUUAUUAAUUUUAUUAAUUAUAUUUUCUGAUAUGAGUCUAGAAUUUAGUGCAAAAAUGAGACAAACUAAACUACACACAGGAGAAGGGUGAAGUGUGUUUGUGAAACAUUAAAAAUGAAUAGCGUGCUUCUUAACUAGGUUUACAACUGGUGGACCACACACCAGACACUAACCACCUGGUGAGGGUUUGGCAUUUCCACCAAAACCACAUCCAAUUUAACCAACAUCUCCACCAGCGUUACAGAUUGCUCCUUUUCCUGAUGUUUCAUGCAGACAAUGCUAUGCUAUCUCCAUACUGUUUAGAAGUGAAAAGUUGAUCUGCACUGUAUCUGGGUUUGUUGGCUAUGCUUCUUUUGAGACAUAUAUUAUACAGUAUAUAUAUAUACAUAUAUUUUUUUUGUUACAGUUCUAGCCAUUUCGUUUCUCAGCAGGGUCCUUCCUCAGACAUUACUGCAUGCUGUAUAUGGCGUUAGCUGUGUGUUGACCUUCUAAAAGAUGAUAGAGUUUACUGGUAAUUGUGUAAUCAGCUCCUGCCUUUUUAUUUUCUUGGGUUAUUUACAUGUCAGAGACAUUUAUAAAAAGUGAAAAGAAAAACGAUGACAACAACAACCAAUACCAGGCGCAGCAUCUUUCCAGGUGUGGCUUUCUGUGGCCAAGGCCCUCGGCUGGUGGCCUGGCUGGCUGCUCCAUGACGCCUUGGGGUGUUGACAGACAGCAAGCCUCUGAACCAACUAAACCGUUAGUAACACUUGCUUUAGCCCAUUAAGGGAAUCCCGGAUGCCUUUGUGACCACUGGAGAAUUUAAUCCUCUUGGUUUAUUUUAUUUAAUUUCCCACCUUUGUGUGAGUGUGUAUGAAAGAGAAGAAAAAUGCCAUUUUUAGGUAACCUUUUUUCCUCCCUUGAAGUCUGGGAGCCAGAGCGGCCUCGGGGAGGGGUCCUGGAUGUGAUGAGGGAAAGUGAUUGUGGGAAGGGGAGGGGGGUUGUCUCUGACUUGACAUUAAAAAGUGUUCCAUGUCCCUCUU